GGGGUGUGAGCACUACGCUAGGCAGCUGCGACAGGCGGCGGGCGUGCGCUCUCAGCCACCGUGCAUCCCAUUGGCCCUCAGGACGCGCUCCGAGCUGCUCCUCUCCUCUAGGGCGCAGAGGCUGCCCACUGGUCCCCGCAGCUCGGUUUGGAGAAAUUCUUUGCCUGGCUGGCAAGGAGAGAAAGACUGGGCUCUGGCGGCUCCCUAGAGCACGCUUCGUGGUGGAGACUCAGGGACAAGACCCGGGGAUGAGAGUCGGAAGGGAACGCGGGCACUGACAAGACUCAAAGAAGGCUACCGGCCACCAGCAGCCAGAUGAACAGGCUGGGUCAAAUGCUCUAGCCGGGUGCAUGCGCCGGGCGGAGCGCGCAGGUCGGACUGUGCUCUCCACGGUCUGCCCUGCGCUGGUGCCCCGCCGGUACCAGGAUGGGCUCUGGAGCCCCAGGGCCGCACCCGCUAGAGCCUGGCGUUCCUCCUGCCUCCUGAGCUCAUGGACGGCGACUCCAGGCUGGCAGCGGCGCGCCCCCGGGCUGUGAAUGCGACUCGCUCAUCGUCCGCGCUCCCCGCCCGCCCGCCCGCCGGGACGUGGUAGGGGAUGCCUAGCUCCUCUGCGAUGGCAGUUGGCGCGCUCUCCAGUUCCCUCUUGGUCACCUGCUGCCUGAUGGUGGCUCUGUGCAGUCCGAGCAUCCCGCUGGAGAAACUGGCCCAAGCUCCUGAGCAACCCGGCCAGGAGAAGCGCGAGCACGCGUCUCGGGACAGCCCGGGGCGGGUGAGCGAGCUCGGGCGCGCCUCGAGGGACGAGGGCAGCAGUGCCCGGGACUGGAAGAGCAAGGGCAGCCGCGCGCUCUCGGGCCGGGAGGCGUGGAGCAAGCAGAAGCAGGCCUGGGCUGCCCAGGGAGGGAGCGCCAAGGCCUCGGACUGGCAGGUCCGGCCUCGUGGGGAUACCCCACAGGGGGAGCCCCCGGCCGCCGCCCAGGAAGCUAUCAGCCUGGAACUCGUGCCCACACCCGAGCUGCCUGAGGAAUACGCCUACCCCGACUACCGCGGGAAGGGCUGCGUGGACGAGAGCGGCUUCGUGUAUGCGAUCGGGGAGAAGUUCGCCCCAGGUCCCUCAGCCUGCCCGUGUCUGUGUACGGAGGAGGGGCCCCUUUGCGCACAGCCAGAGUGCCCAAGGCUUCACCCGCGCUGCAUCCACGUCGACACCAGCCAGUGCUGUCCGCAGUGCAAGGAGAAGAAGAACUACUGCGAGUUCCGGGGCAAGACCUACCAGACUUUGGAGGAGUUCGUGGUGUCUCCAUGUGAACGGUGUCGCUGUGAAGCCAAUGGUGAAGUGCUGUGCACAGUGUCGGCGUGUCCCCAGACGGAAUGUGUGGACCCCGUGUAUGAGCCUGAUCAGUGCUGCCCGAUCUGCAAAAACGGUCCAAACUGCUUUGCAGAAACCGCUGUCAUCCCCGCUGGGAGAGAGGUAAAGACUGACGAGUGCACCAUAUGUCACUGUACUUAUGAAGAGGGUACAUGGAGAAUCGAACGCCAAGCCAUGUGCACGAGACAUGAGUGCAGACAAAUGUAGACUUCAUGAUACAGAAACUCUCAUGUUUUUCUAGAAUAUUUUACUAAUGUGACAUUCUAGAUGACUCUGAGAAAUAUCAAUCAAAAACAGAAGACUUUGGAUAAGAAGUCAAGGAAAAUGGUUGGUACUUUUGUUUUUCUUGGUAACAAAUACAGCAAGAGACAGAAAUGGAUGUAUUUCAAAACAUCAACAAGAACUUUGGGCAUACUCCCUCUCUAAAUAAAUGUGCUAUUUUCACAGUAAGUACACUAAAGUUCACUAUUAUAUAUUAAAUGUGUUUCUAUAAUCCCUCUAUUAGAGUCUUAUAUAUUAAAAAUGCUGUUGUCAACCGUC